CGAAAGAGGCGUUAUAUUUGGUUGCCAAACGUAAACAAAAAUGGCGGAUGAAGGCAAGGUAAAGAAGACCAGAAAGCCUAAAGCCAAGUCUGAUAUAAAGGAAAAUGCAGGGAUUGAAAUGGAUUCUUUUGGUGAUAGUGCAAAGUCAAAGCUGGAUAUUUUACUUCAGCAAGCUGUAGUUGAGUCCACUUCGAGUGCCAAAGCCAAGAAAAAGAAAAAGAAAGAUGAUAUAGUUUUGGAAUCCCUGCGCAAGGGUGAAGGAUUACAGAAGGAUGAAGAUGCCGCCAUUAAAGCCAACACCUACGAUCCUAAUGAUAGUCCAAAAAAUAUGAAGAGCAAUAAAAGGAAACAAAAAAUAAUGGAAGAAAAUGCAAAGCUUGAAAAACCAGAUAAUACAGAUAAAAAGAAGAAGAAGAAGCCCAUAGAUGAUACAUUAAAUGAACUAGAAACUGAAAUCAUUUCUCCUGAGAAAACUAAGAAGAAAAAGAAGAAACCACCAGAUAACACUGAAGAAAAUGAAGUAAUAUCUCCACCUCCAGAAGAAGCUCUCUCUCCAAAAGGAGGUAAAAAGAAAAAGAAGAAGACUGCAGAAGAAAUAGAACUGUCACCUCCAGAGUCUGAAGAAGUGUUGACACCAAAAGAAGGUAAAAAGAAGAAAAAGAAGAUUAUGAACACUGAACCAGAGGAGGAGCCUUUAGUAACUACAGACGAAGCACCAACACCCAAACCAAGGAAACCAAGAAAAAAGAAAGAAGUAUUAUCUGAGGAAGAAACUACAGUUUCACCUAGAGAAGAGGAAACUCCUACAAAAACUGGUAAGAAGAAAAAGAAAGCAGUUCUAUCAGAUGAGGAGCGUCCUGUAUCUCCAGAACCAAUCACAAGCAAGGAGGGUAAGAAAAAGAAAAAAGCAGUCUUAUCAGAGGACGAGCGUCCAAUAUCUCCAGAACCAAGCACAAGCAAGGAAAAAAAGAAGAAAAAGAAAAAAGAUACAGAAGACACAGAAGGGCUUACUGUAUCUCCUAGAGAAGAUGAGGAGGUUACAACUCCAGAAAAGAAGAAAAAGAAAAAGAAAGUGAGAACUGAGGAGGAAGGUCCACAACCAAGUGAUGAUGAGGUUUUGUCAAAUGCAGACGAAGAGGAUGAGGAAGAAAAAGAUGAAACUGAAGAAAAACUUAAGGAAGAACCAAAAAAGAAAAAAGGAAAAACAAAAGCUAAAACACCAGAAGAAAUUGAAAAAGAGAAUGAACAAAGAAGAAAAGAACGAGCAGAAAUUGAAGACAUUGGACAAGUUUUGGCUGUGAUGAUUCAUCGUACAGACAAAUUGAAAAAUGACUUUCACAUCUUGCAUCCACUAGUCCGUGUCCAUAUUGUUGAUGAGAAUACUGGGGAAUAUCUUCUCAAGCAAACAAAAGAUCGGCCUGUCACAGCUUAUUUUGAGACUAAGAAUGAAGCCAUAGAUAAGAUCUUACCUAUAAUGACACAACCUUUUGACUUCAAGCAAAAGAAGUCUGUUUUGCCUGUAUGGGAAGAAUUAUUGCUGUUUAAUGAGAACUACAAUUAUUUUAUAAAAUCUGAUCCCAAAGUUAUUGUUCUGUUUGAGCUGCUUGACUUUGUGAGUAUGAAUCAUGCCAGUGAGAAGUUUUCUUCCCAAGGGAGUGAAGGAGGAUGGUACAGAAUAGCAUGGGCAUUCCUUAAGGUUUUAGGAAAUAAUAAUAAAAUAAAUACUGGGUCUAAAGUGAGAUUACAACUGUUUGAACCACCAUCUUCUCAAGUUAGGACAGGACCAAAUCAACCUGAGGUUUACCAGUGGUGGAAGGCCUCACAAAGACGUCCCUAUCCAUCUACAGUAUAUGUAACAUUGAAGGGUAUAACUCCACCUGAUGAAGUGGAACCUGCACUAAGAUCUAUGUUUGCUACACAAAAGGAAGAAGGAUUUACAACUUAUCAAGAUUUAAAGAAGAGCGUUAGCUGGGGAGAUAAAAAGAGACUAGAUAGUUCCAGACACACCUUAUCAUCAUGGACAAGACUUGUAGGUCAGACCUGUAGGAUUCCUAAUCAUUUAGAACACAUGAUACCUGGCGGAAGAAGAGGUUGUUAUGUUCUGAAAUUCUCUCAUGAUGGCAGGAGUUUAGCCUGUGGAUGCCAUGAUAGAGAUAGUUACCCAAUUCUAGUCUAUGAAGUGCCAUCUUUUGAACUGAAAGGAAAAUUAAAAGGACAUUUUGGUAUUGUUUAUGAUCUGUCGUGGUCAAAAAGAGAUACCCAUUUAAGUUCCGCAUCAUCUGAUGGCACUGUCAGAGUUUGGAAUUUAGAGGACUUUGAUAAAGCUGAGAAUAUUUUACCUCAUCCAGCCUAUGUAUAUACAUCUCAGUUCCAUCCCCGUAUUGACACCAUUGUUGUGACGGGAUGUUACGAUCAAGUGAUACGUGUGUGGGACAUACAAGGAGAGGAUGUCCAUGGAUGUCUGAAGCAAGAAAUAGAGAGUCACAAAGGCUAUGUGAAUUCUGUAUGUUUUGAUAGUGAUGGACAGAAAAUGUACUCUGCAGACAGUAUUGGAAGCAUCAGUAUCUGGAAUGUGUUUGUUACGGAACAACCCCAUCAUAGAGACACGAAUAAAAGUGGUUUCAUGAGAGACUGGACAUUGUUCCAUACAAUAUCAGAUCCAGAAUUAAAGGACACCCCCAUCAAUCAUUUAAAACUUCAUCACAGUGGCCGUAGACUUUUGGUGCAUAGCAGAGAUAACAUAAUACGCAUGGUAGAUCUUAGAGUUCAAAGAGUGAUGCAAAAGUAUAUUGGUCAUUUGAACUUCCGUGAACAGUUAAGAAGCACAAUAACCCCUUGUGGAUCAUUUGUGUUCUCUGGCAGUGAGGAUAACUUGGUUUAUGCUUGGCAUACAGAAACAGGUGACCAAGUGGUGAUGUACACAGACCUGAAUUACAGAAACCCUGUGACUGAUGUAGAUUACCAUCCUAGAGAUCACAUGAUUGCCAUGUGUUCAGUAGGAGAAAACCAACCUAUCAUUAUUUAUAACUAUGAUCCACACAUUGCCCAGAUGGAAGCAGGCUUAUCUCCAAGACACAUAACCCCUGAACCCAUUAGAGAACAUGAGGAAACUGUUAUGCCUGGUUCUCCUAGAAAAGAGGAAUUAACAACAGGUGCUUCCUCCAUGAUAUUUAACAAAGAAGAAUUCAAUGCCCAUACUGCAGGAAGAUAUGAAAAAGUUUUAAGGAAACUACAUAGUGCUACAACUCAAAUGGCAUCAACUCCAUCGCUAGACCUCCCAGGAAUGACACCAGCAACUACCUCACCACAACUUGCACAUACAGGAUUCAGAUCAUUAGACCCUAAUAUGACACCAAGAACUAUGAUGGCCUCCCCAGCUACUUUCUCACCUCAUUCAACGAAGACCAUGAGUGGUAUAAUGCAGCAACAACAGUUUAGAUCACAGAAUAUGUACAUGAAAACUGGGGAUUCUGACUGGAGACCAGGAUUUACUGAUGUGGGUAGAUAUGGUGCCAGAAGUACUAGUCCAACAUUUAUAGGCAGGCCACCACAACUUUCAAUGACAGCUGGACCAGGGAAAGCUCAGUUCAGUUUCCAGGCUCCUGCUGGUAAAGCAGUACCUAGUUACAAACAGGUUAUUGCUUUGUAUAACUACCGUGCCCAAAGAUCAGAUGAACUCACCAUAUUCAAAGGAGAUGUUAUAUCUAUAUUGUACAAAGAUAGUGAUAGUUGGUGGAUGGGAGAACUGCCCGACGGACAACAGGGUUACUUCCCUUCAAAUUAUGUCGCUGAAGAAGGUGCUGAUAUUGAUGCUAAAAUGGGUCUUGUACAAGAUAGUGAGAGUGAUGAAGAUGAUGAUAAAAAGGUGACUGCAGUCAGAACAAAGACUGGAGAGUUGAAGUUUAUUUCUGCCACAGAAGAUACUGAAGAUGAGCUUCUGAGUUCAAGAAAAAGUAGAAGGAAAAAGAAACGUGAUUCCUUGGAGAAUGCUGAAGCAGCCUCACUUGAUAGUGCUAGCGGGAAACGAAAUAGCAAAAUUGUUGGAGAAUCAAAUGCGUGAAGGAUGAUUUAUUGACAAACAUUUUGUGACCUUACUGAAGCAUAGCUGUGAUAGAUAUUUUAAGAAUUUUGAAUCAUGUCAACUUCAUAUAUAAGAACCAUUGCAUUAUGGGGUCUUAUUUUUUGCUAGCAUUUUAUACAAACUUUCCAAAAAUUCAAAAGGUUGAAAGUUUUUUUUAGAUAUGAUUAGUGCAUCAAUUAGACAAUUAAUGUUAUAUGGAUAGGGGUCCCAGUAAUAUUGUUAUAUGGAUAGGGGUCCCAGUAAUAUUGUUAUAUGGAUAGGGGUCCCAGUAAUAUUGUUAUAUGGAUAGGGGUCCCAGUAAUAUUGAUUUUAUACUUUAGUGGACAGAAAAAUACAAGUUUAAACAGAAAUCUUCAUGAUUUUUUUUUGUUUUUUUUUAAAGACUUGAUUUAUUUCAAAAAUACAAAUCAACAUUUUCCAUAGGAAGAUUUUUUUGUUAAUUAUAAGUAUUCCAUAUGUUUAUGUCCCCUGUAUUUUGAAAUUUGAAUAAUUUGCUUUUUCAAAUACUAUUUCAAUCUUAAUCAAAUUGUUUUAUUGAAAAUAUGCCAAAUUCUCCACCUUUACUUUGUUAUGGGGUUUACCUUUUAAAAAAUGGAUUGGUAAAUGAUUAAUCAUAUUCUUGAUUUCUAUGAUCUGUUAUCUUGACUUGUUUCUAUGGAGAUUUCUCCUGUUCAUCCGUCCAGGUUGACUGAUCUUUGGUUUUAGUAGCUGCGGUAGUUGCAUGCAUUUACAUGAGUUACAAUUGAACUAUAAUUUAAACUAUAUGGAAUCUCAUUAUAUUUUCUAUUUAUUUAUUUAUUUGACAUUUAAACAUUUUCAACAAAACUAUUUACUCUAUUGCUUCUGUCUGAUUCAGUUCUGCUUGUGAAUUUAAGUUUGGUUAAUUUUAUUUUUUUUCAUAUUUCAAAGAAAAGGAUUAAAAAUAUGAUAUUUUGCAAAGUUUUGAAAUAUUUAUAAAACUGGUUUUAUUUUAUGUAAAAGGGAUAUUUGAUACAGUUUAAAAUCCAUCAGAAACAUUUUUCAUACAGGACUUUAUAUUGAAAGACAUGUCCUUUGUUGAAUAUUGACGAUUUUGAUACGGAGAUCGGUUUUCACAAUUAAAAUGAUCAAUUAUUCAGUGGUCUUUGUAGGAUAAACAAAUGCAUAUCGCCUAUCACUGAUGUUUGUUGUACAUUUCGUUAACUGUCAAGCAAUAAAUUGAAAUGGAAAAAUGAAUCAAUAAUUGAUUGAAAUUAUAUUUCUGAUGAUUUGUCAGUUUAAUGUUUGUUGUAUUUGCUAAUGUCAUGUUUUUUAUAUUUUUAUGCUCUUUUUUGUUAUUUAAUGACAGCAUUUAAUAUAUAAAAAAUAAUAAAUGGUUUCAUUCAUAGAUCUAAUUAUUCACAUGGUACACAAUGGUUAUUGAAAUCAAAUGUAGUAAUGUUAGUAUAUUUAUAUUUACUUCAUGUAUAUGUAUUUUAAUGGACUCUACUAUUUCAUUUCUUUUUUAUUAGACAUCUUUUUUUUAAAGUAUUAAGUAUAUUUAUCUUUUUUUACUACACCCCCUCCUCUCACCAUUUUGAAAAUCAUGGACCUGCUUCUGUAUGUCAUCAGUGAGAAAUCAUCUACAAUCAUACCAACUGUUGCCAUAGCCAGGAGGGUAGGGUUCAUACAAACAACUGCUUAAAGUGGUACCCAACACCUUCACUUAAAUUAACUUGGCUUGUUUAAUUUUCAUAAAAAUUUGACUACGGUAAGUAUUUACUUUGACCAUUUGACAAAAAUAUGGAAAAAAAAUUUGAACCAACCAUUUUUAUCAGAAAAAUUUCACUGGUUAUAUAGCAGUUUGACAAACACUUAUUCUGAUCAUUGAGCAGCUUAAUAUUCCCUUAACAACGCAAUGUAAUUUUAACGGUCAGCUGAUUUUCAGAGUUAUCUCCCUGUAGUGUUAGGUACCACCUUAAAAAACACUAUUGAUGUCUAUAUGUUUCAUCCCUGCAAGAAUGUGAAUCGCGCAUGAAUAGAUUAUGUAGUUUCGGAAACAUGGUUUAUUGAAGUGUAAACCAAAAGAAAAAUUCUAAUUGACCAAUCCAAUUCAAGUAUUUAUAGAUAUGCAAAUGAUAUAAGACUUAUUGUAUAGUAAAACAUAAGGAAACUAGGCAAACAAAUAAAGCCUGGUUGUCUUUUGUUGGUCCCCUUUCUGAUCUAAUGGCUAUGCCAGGGAUAGACUCCCUUUGUACCCCUAUCUAUGUUGUUUACAAAACAUUUAAUGUAACAAGAUAAAAAUGUAAGAUUUUUUUACAUCUCAUUCCAUUCAAGGGAGAAAGUAUACAUGUGCAUGUUCAAUCAUUUUCAUAAGUUUUAAUGUAUUUUGUCAUCCUUGAAAAAACAUCUGCCCAUUACGGGGUGACAAAAAGGGGUAUCCCUUGAUUAGUUACUUGCCAACUGUGAAGCUUAUUUAGAAACAAACAAUUAGUUAUAAAACAUUGUUUUUAAACAGCCCAGCAGAUCUAGAACCACAUUAAACAUGAUCAAAUCUUACUGAAAUAUUCGUUCACUAGUACUACAAACAAUGACAUUAAAAAUCAAUGUUAAUCAACAAUCUAUAUAAAGAAAUUAGAAAAUUAUGUCUUUGAAAUAACUAGUAUGAAUAGGUUACAGAGUUCAUUGUAAUUAAUGAGAUUUAAUAUAUAAGCUGAUUCCGUCCAGGAAGUUAAUUCAGGUUGUUGUUGUCGUUUGUUUAUUUCCACCCAUUUAUUUCUUAACUGUGAUAUGAUUAAACAUGGUUGUUUAUGAAGCUUUGAUGUACAAAACAAGAUUUUUGAACCUUCCAUGCAAUUUAAUUAACUUUUGUUGUUGAUUUGUAAAAACUCAAUAUGAAUCCUCAUUUGGUACCUGUUAAUUUUAGAUGAUAUUUUUAUAAUUUCUGACAUCAGUUUUAUUUGUGAUUGUUUAUUUCUAUAAUUAUGAUUUUUAUGGUUGAUGAUGUAAUAUCUGCCGUGUUCAAUGAAUCUGUUCGACUGAAUUAUUGUAUAAUUAAGUGAAUUGCGUUGAUUAUUUUUGUGCUUUUUCACUGAUAAUUGCAUAAUUUUCACAAUUUGUCUGUAAAUUAUGAUUACUUUAAUUACCAUUUAUAGUCUAGCUAGCUUUCUCUGGUGUAGGAAAACUUUGUCAUUAGUGUCAUAGCCAAUGAAGGAGUCGCUGUAUUGUUGUCAAAAGAAAUAGUAAAAGUUUGUUAAAGAUAUAAUAGACAAUAAAUCUGCCAAAAAUGCAGUUUCUGAUUUUCAUAAUUGUCAAGAUAUAGUCAUAGGGAGUCAGCUGGGCAGACAGUUUUGUUUCAAAUUAAUCUAUCUUCUCCUCACAUAUAAAUUUAAUUUGUCGUGCAUAUGGUAUUUGGGAGUAGAAGGUUUUCAAAUCUGUCCAUUUGUAUGUAAAAACAUUUUGUUUGCAUUUAGAGAGGAGUAUAUAAAAAUGACUUUUACAAAUGUUUUUAAUUUUAAAUCAAAUCCAGAUAAAGGAUUCCUUUUUAUUUAUACAAAGUUCAGACUUAACAGAACAGAACAUUAGCUAACAUGAUAUAUAUCCACCUAAAUUGUUGUGAAUACUGUGCUUCAUUUUCUUAGUGCCAAAGUGUAAUGUCUAUUCUUAUGUAACUUCAAUAUUUAUAAUGUACUUUUCUUGGAGAAGCUAUGAUAAGGACAUUUUGUUUUGGUUUCUUGAAUUCAAAAUCAAAAUUUAUGAAUCCAUCAUCAUAUAUUAUCUUCAAGACGUUCCUAAUGCAUGAUUCUGUCAAAUAUAACUUAUCACAGUGGCUAAUCUGGGGUUAGAACUCCACUUAUUUU